AUGGCGCUGCUCUUUCUCUGGACUUCUCCUGGGGCGGGAGCCAGAAGCCGGGCUUUCGCCUCGCCUCAGAAGUCCUGGAGCUCCGUCCUGGGCAGCCAGUCCUCACGCCUCUCAAGCAGACACCCAAAUCGGGGUCAGUUUGGCCGUGGCCCGUCUCCUCUGACCUGUGAAAACGCUUCUGCACUCAAUAAAGUGGAUUCUGCUCGCCUCCCUCCUCUUCAGUGUGACAUUGUCCUUGUCGGUGCCUGGCAGCCCCUCGCGCUCCCAACACUGCCCGGUCCCUGCCCAGCACCCUCCUUCCAGGGAGUCAGGGAGCCACCUCUCAGGGACGUGGACGUCCCUGUGGUCCCUUCGUUUUCUAGUUCUCAGAGUGCUUUAGUUUUCCUGCCUUUUUUUUUAAAUACCUAA